UCAAUUUUUCAUGAAAAAAAUAUCAACUUUUCAAAAAUUUUGUAUAUCUGUGCAAUAAGAGAUUUAUUUUUUCGUGUAGUGGUAUCACGGGAUGUGAUACCACACUAAAGUCUUCACCACGGAAAGAAAUAAGAAAAAGGAAAAGCGACCGAAACGGAAAAGGAUAUCAGAUAUGAGGGUUGACAUCCGCGGUAUAAAGUGUGCUAAAGCACUGCGCACAGUGAAAACUGCGAUGUACGAAAGCAGCUGCUCCUAUGCCGGAGCCCUAGAAUUAAAAAGAAGCGCGUUAAAAGAGGACCCUUGGCCCACAACAGAAUGGCCGCCCUACCGACUACACCAGAGCACCUUCGAGCAGCUAAAGCAGAGUGUGGAGAAGGCAAAGGCAGCACUACAAGACAGAUCAAGCUUGCUGGGGACAGCGACAGCGUUCGGCGACUUCUACGGAGGACAGCUACAAGACAGCAGUACACUUGGCUUCAGCAGGUCGAGGACAGAUGACUCCAUGCUGUCGAUAGAGAAGAAUAAAGUUCUUGGUUCUGAAAAAUUGUCCGGAGGGAUUACUAAAGGCUACACGUCUUCGUCAACGCUCUCAGAAUCACUUCGUGCCACAAAGUGUACAGAUGCAUCAUACAAAAGUACAUGGUCUACACAUGCAACGUCACAGGGUUCACAAGGAUAUGGAACGAAUUCGUUAUCUGCUAUGUCAAAGUCGACGCUGGACGCCCAUUCACAUCUUCGUCAACCAGAUCCCUAUCAGAUGUUUGGGCCCACCAGCAGUCGAUUAGCAAAUUCAGGUUCCGGACAGAUACAACUUUGGCAAUUCCUCUUGGAGCUACUGAGUGACUCGAGCAACGCUGGCUGCAUCACCUGGGAGGGCACCAACGGAGAGUUCAAGCUGACAGACCCUGACGAAGUCGCCCGACGAUGGGGGGAGAGGAAGUCCAAGCCCAACAUGAACUAUGACAAACUGAGUAGGGCUCUGAGAUACUACUACGACAAGAAUAUAAUGACGAAGGUACACGGCAAACGGUACGCGUACAAGUUUGAUUUCCAAGGGUUAGCGGCGGCCACCCAGCCCGCCGCUAGCGACCCGGCUUACAAGUAUCAAAGCGACCUCUUCAUGAGUUCCUACCAUCAUUCCGCCAAACUAUCGUCCUUCAUGGCCCCACAUGCUGCUAUGCCGACCUCCACAGCCUCGAUAUUCCCGUCGGCGUCGUGGAGCAAUUGGGGGGGAGGGGGGAGCAACCUGUACUCCCCCCACUCCAUGGCACCACCCCACGUGACGUCACACCUAGGAUCCUAUCCGCACUACGCAUGACCAGGCUUCUAGAUCCUUACGCCAAUGCGACGCCUGGAUAAAAAAAAUAACGUCACGGCAAGUUGUCAUUGAUUUUGACAGUAACCUUUUUUUUUAACAAGAAAUAUGUUAUGGAUUUCUAUAUUGGAAUAUUUAUUAACUUACUAUUAAGACGGAA